AUGCCUAAGCGAGGCGAGGAGCCCGGACCAACAACACGGCAGCAGUUCAUUAAAAAACAUCCAUCCGGGGCAACAUCACAUCCCGGGCCCACAUCCACAUCUGCUCCCGGAUCGCAUUCCAAGAAAACAGCAGAACAGCCGCCGCCGCCGCAACACCUGACCGCCGCAACACCCUGGGCCGCUGCCACGCCACCGUCUCUCAAUCCGUCUAUCGCCGCGCCAAUCCUUCAGUCCGGGACAGACAACGAUGCUGACGGCAUCGGCUUCAGCUUCGGCACCGACAUCAGGAUCAGCGACGUCGACGUCGACGUCGAUGGCGACGUCGACGGCUGUAGCAGCAGGCGAGCCCGCGUUCAGCAAAUCAGUGGCUGUGUACGGGCACUCAAGCUGCCUUGCUCAGUAGUUAGUGCGAGGACAGGUCGCAAUACCGGGGGUGAGGAGGAGGAGGAGGAGGAGGACCCUAAGGAGCAGGGGCGGCAGAAGGGGCGGCAGAAAGGGCUAGGGCGGCUGCGGCGGCGCAAGCGUAAGCACGGAGAUGCUGGUGAUGAUGAUGACGCAGUGCAGGCGCGGGACGAUGCAAACGAUGACGUGGAUCCGGGCAGAAGGCGUUUUAAGGCUUGCCUAAUCAGGACACGGACCGCUUUGGAGGCGUCUCGGGCCGCGGAUGAGGUCAAGAAGCUGACUGGGGCCCUUUUUUCGCAGCACCGUACUGGUGCCGCUAGCAUGGCAGCAACAUCGAUCGAUCGCUUUCAGGCAUCAGCCGGGAGAGAAACAGGCAGCUGCAGUUCCUGGCUGGAAUCGCCCCGCGGGGAUGAUGACGGCACGCUGUAUGUUGGUAUCCGUGACGGUGCUCCUGCCGCGAUCGAGGUCCACGACUUCUAA